UUCGCACAUCAAAAAAGCUCAACAAUUCAGUAGCACUGUCAAGGGUGAGAUCUAUACCGAUAUUACAAUGGUGCCAUUCGAAUGUUGUCCUAACAGAGAAAGAAUACAAAACUUGCAAUUAUCCUUGGGGGAAUUGCGCCGAAUCGGUGUCUUGGCGGACCAUGCAUGGACGAAAGAAGAACCGAAGACACCGUGUCGUCUUGUGGUCCCAAACAUUCAAUCUAUUAAAGAAAGAAUUUCGGAAACAAUGUCUCCGGUGCCGAAGGGUGAAGAGCAGGAUGAACCUCGAGAAGGUUGCAAUAAUCAGAAGUCUCCACUUAUGAUAGUCGAAAUGAUCGCAAAUAAAUCAGAUCGUAAACGCGUUGCAAAUUCUCUUAACUGUAAACUUGAAGGCGGAGAUCUUUCUAAUUGUAUUUGUUAUAUGGAACAAGUUAAAGAGUAUUAUGGUUUUGAUCAUAUCAUUAUCAUCGGAGAACUUCAUGCUGGAAUUCUUUUUUUAGACUGCUACGGUCGUGUGUUCAUAUGGGAAUCAAUGUGUUAUGUUUUAUGGAUCCUUGGGGAUUAUUGGAACGAGGCAACAAAGACUAGCCAAAUAGAAUGUGGUUUAGAG